GGUCAGGGUCACUCGAUAGUGUGCAUGUUUACCGUGACUAAAUGUGUUGGAACAUGACGAGACUUGUAGCGGCGUUGCUGCUGUCAAUGCUGGUGGAUGGAGGUCUCGGUGGGUCCUACUUUAUCACGGCACCACAGACCAUUAAACCGGGCACCGUGUAUGAUCUGUCCGUGGACAUCCUAGAGGCCAAUGGUUCCGUGCCCAUCGAUGCUAUACUAGAGACUAUGACGUGGGACGGGUCUACAGGCAGAUAUAAUGUGACGCCUGUACUCACCGCUUCGGGGACUUUCUCCAAAGGUGAUACUUCGAAUUUAUCGAUUGCGAUCCCCACAGAUGUCCAGUGCCCGGGCUGUCAGCUCCGUGUCCGUGGGCGUGGCCCGCUACAGUUUGAGAGGAAAAUAAGCGUCGGCUUCAGCUCUAACGUCUACGCCAUCUUGAUUCAGACAGACAAGGCUAUUUAUAAACCAGACCAAACAGUUCGCUUCAGAGCACUAGCUGUGUCUCCAAGCCUACAGCUGUACAAAGGACAAUUCAACAUUGAAAUCACUGACCCAAAUAACAACAAAAUAAAAAUUUACAAAAACUUGAAGUCAUUGAAGGGUGUUGUGGAGAACAGCCUUGAACUUAGUGACCAGCCUAUGUACGGGACAUGGAGAAUUUCUGUUAAGCUCAGUGACACAUCAGACAGUGAGAGCAUGAGUUUUGAUGUUUUGGAUUACAAUUUGCCCAGAUUUGAAGUUAGUGUAAUACUCCCACCUUAUGGCAUUGUUAGUGAUACACUCCUUACUGGAUCUGUCAAAGCAAAAUACACAUUCGGGCAGCCUGUUAUUGGCACCGUUGAGCUCCAUGUAGGACCUACGAUUGUACCAGGCUUGUACAGUUGUGGCAAUGAACCAAAGACAACACAGAUCACUUUUGAGAUUGAUGGUGAAGCAUCUUUCACAAUGCCUAAAGAAGAUAUCCAAAGAGCUGUAGGAAUUUACAAUGGAGCAGAGGUCAUGGUCACUGCUUUUGUAAAAGAAACUACAACAGGUGUCCGUCUCAAUGGCAGCAGUGUGAUCAAAUUUUAUGACAACAAAUACGAACUCAAGUUCCUUGACACAACUCCCAGUGUAUUCAAAGCUGGGCUUCUCUACACUGCAUUUAUCCAAGUUGCUACUCCAGAUAACAUGCCACCAACAGAAAAUAAUUCUGUUGUAUCAGCGUAUACAUAUGUCAACUAUCGGCAAACAGUCCCAGACCAAUCUCUCUAUGACACUGGAUUUUUUUCUGGAACCUACCCACUUCCAGGCAAAAAUCUGACCCUCCCAGCCAGUGGCGUAUUGCCUAUUGAUAUUGAUAUCCCUAGCAAUGCUACAAGUAUUACAAUCAAGGUAACCUACAACAAACUUUCAGUUUCUAGAACUAUUGAGAAGACCUACUCAAAAAGUAACAACUAUCUUUCUUUAACUUUGCUGGAUUCAAAAGUGAAAUCUGGUGACCAAGUGACAUUCCAAGUAGAAGGGACAGAACCCUUGAAUCAAGUUUCUUAUGAGGUUUUUUCUAGAGGUUCUAAAGCAGCUACUGGUACAACCAAUGGGAAUGGUCAAAAGAAGUUCACUUUCAAGCUAACAAUCACACCACUAAUGGCACCAACUGCUCAUAUAGUUGCCUUCUAUGCCAGGGGGAAUGAUGAAAUUGUUGCAGACAGCUUGGCUUUCUUAGUGGAAGAGCUCUUUAUCAAUAAGGUGUCAGUUUCAUUUAAUAAAAACCAAAGUCAACCAAACGAAGAUGUUGUGUUUGAAGUCACAGCAGAUCCUAAUUCCAAUGUAAAUAUUCUGGCUGUUGACCAGAGUGUCUUGCUGAUGAAGACAGGAAAUGAUAUCACACCCAAGAAGGUAACUGAUGCUGUAAGCAAGUUUGAUAAGGGAUCAAAACCAUCCAACUCUGACUAUGCACUUUCUAACAGUGCAAAAAAUGUUAAUGAAAUUUUUUCAAAUAUUGGCCUAACAAUAUUAACUGAUGUUGAUAUUUUUGAACCCCCUCGUUAUGUUACGCAUUCUGGAAGCUGCAUAGGUUUGCCUUUAGAACACUGUGAAGCUCAGCCCCAAUCAUCGUAUUAUAUGCCUAUGGGGGGCAUGGGCAAAAGCUAUGACUUUAGCGCAUAUAGAAGUUCUUACGACCUUCCAGCAUCAUAUGCAGGACCUUCUUCAUACCAAUCUCCUGUUGAAAAUCUUGUCGCAGUAGAAAGAAUUCGAGUUAUUUUCCCAGAAACUUUCCUUUGGUCAACCAAAGCAUCAGGCAAGGAAGGUAAAGCUGUAUUUAAGGCCAAAGUACCUGACACGAUUACAUCAUGGGUUGCAAGUGCUUUUGCUACAAACCUCGUCUCAGGGCUUGGUGUGGCCCCAACAACAGCAAUGCUAACUGUGUUUAGACCUUUCUUUGUGAGUUUGACAUUCCCACGCUCUGUGACCCGCAAGGAACAGUUUGUUGCCCAGGCAACAGUUUUCAACUAUUUACCUGAAGACCUCUCUGUCACAGUAACAUUGAAAGGAAAAAGUAAUUUUAGAAGUGUAACUUACAGCUCCAAUGGAACUGAGAUCUUGGUCAAUGGAGACCAACAGAAGACAAUUCAGGUGAAAUCCCAGAAACAGGCUGUUGCUUACUUCCCAAUUUUAGCCACGACUGCUGGGUUGAUUGACUUGGAGGUUUCUGCCCAGUCUACCGUAGCUGCUGAUGCCGUCAGACAACCGAUUGUUGUUAAGUAUGAAGGUGCCCCAGUAAAUUAUAACAAUCCAAUGAUGAUCAGCCUAGAGCCAUCCUCAGACUUUGAAAAGACAGUGACCUUUACUCUCCCAUCAUCAACAGUUAAGGGGUCAGAGAAGGCCAGGUUCAAGGUUACAGGUGAUUUACUGGGAUCAAGUUUAAGCAAUUUGGAGUCAUUGCUGACUCUACCAAUGGGAUGUGGUGAACAGAGCAUUGCCAAAUUUGUCCCCAACAUUUACAUCUUGGGAUAUCUCAAAGCCUCUGGCCAGCUGACGCAAGCUCUGUCUAAAAAGAUUGUUGGUCUUUUGGAAGAUGGCUACCAGAGACAGCUGACCUACCAAAGGUUUGAUGGAAGCUUCAGUGCUUUUGGCAAUUAUGAUGAAAGUGGAAGCACAUGGCUGACAGCGCAAGCCUGCAAAGCUUUACAUGAAGCUCGUGAGUACAUCUACAUUGACCCCCAGAUGGUGAUCAGAUGUAGCGAGUGGAUCAUUGAUAAACAAAAGGAAGAUGGAUCUUUUGCUGAGUUUGGAAAGGUGAUAGACAAAACUACACAGGGCACAGGUACUGGACCUGCUCUGACUUCCUUCGCCUUGUUGAGCCUUCUUCAGACUGCUGACCUCUUUAACGAGCAGGAAUGCAAGCUUAAAUCAAACUGCUACAGCUACUACCGCUGGGGUAAUGCAACCCUGAAGGCUAAAAACAACCUAGAGGCUCUUGUACAGAGUAAUGCAAUCACUGAGCCCUUCCCUCUAGCUGUUGUUAGCUAUACACUUAGCAAAGCUAAAAGUAAAUUAGCUAAUGCUGCUUUCACUAAACUUUUGGCGUUGUCUAAAAAUGAGGGUGGCCUUCUGUUUUGGAAAGCCAACAGCACUGUAGAAGAGAGCAAGAGACCAAUUGAUGCCGUGCCCUACAUUUGGAGACCACCACGUGUGCAGGCCAGACCCAUUGACAUAUUGAUCACUUCCUACGCCAUCCUCACAUUCUCAACCCUGAAUCGCAUUAAUGAAUCUCUGCCUGCAAUCCAAUGGUUGACUGCACAGAGAAAUUCACUGGGUGGAUUUGCUUCCACACAGGACACAACAGUUGCACUUAAUGCUAUCUCAGUGUUUGCUACCAAGACCCUGAGACCAGACACUUCUCUCACAGUCACCUUCUCAGACAUUCAGACAUUCGCAAACUUUUCAGUCACAGCUUCGAAUGCUUUGUCACUGCAGAUAAAAGAGACAGCCAAGGCUCCACCUAAAAUUAAUGUCUUAGCCAGUGGUACUGGACUUGCUCUUGCUGAAGUUGAAUACAGCUUUAAUGUUGAGGAUGAGAUUAGCACUCCAUCUUUUGAUGUCAAUACCGUACUCUUGGAUGAUGAUAUUAACUCAUUUAACUUGAUGAUUUGUACUAAAUGGCUGUGGAACAGAGAAACAGGAAUGGUCGUCCAAGAAGUUAGCAUUCCAUCAGGUUUUGUAGCUGACCUGUCCACUCUUGGCAAUGUUGCCGGGCUCAAGAGAUCAGAGAUCAAAGGAAGCAAUGUGGCCAUUUACUUUGAUAAGAUCAGCCAGUCUUCCCUGUGCUACAGCCUGAGGAUGGUUCGUGAGACAAAGGUUGCCAAGUCUCAGAGAUAUUUUGUCAGAACAUUCGACUACUAUGAGCCAGCUGACCAAAGUACCGUGUUUUACCAGCCAAAGGCUAUUAAAGAAGCAACAAUUUGUGAUGUGUGCAAUGGUUGUUGCCCUUAGUUUAACAAGGAGACACCCUCUGGGGAACUAUAUAACAAUCAGACGUCAGCUGUUAAAUAUUUUAUUUUUUUGUCUGAUUGAAAAACAUAAAAAUUUGAAUGUAUUCAUGUUAUAUUUUAAAGAAACCAAAUACAAUUUAUUCCAUUAAACUG